GUCUAUGGUCAAAAUGUCUUUUACGAAUUCGUAGUGAUGGUGGCUGGCUUCCUUGCAGACAUAGCUUCAUAAAUUACGACUAAUUUGUAAAGUUCAUCAAUAUUUUAUUGAAAAGAAACUAGUUCUAUUAGUGAUUUAAGUGCUCAAGAAAAUAUACACCUAAUCGAAAUGAGUUCAAGCGUAUGCUACAAGUGCAAUCGCACCGGCCACUUCGCCCGCGAGUGCACGCAGGGCGGCGUGGCCUCGCGCGACGCUGGCUUCAACCGGCAACGGGAGAAGUGCUUCAAAUGCAACCGCACAGGCCACUUUGCGCGCGACUGCAAGGAAGAGGCCGACCGUUGCUACAGAUGUAACGGCACGGGGCAUAUAGCGCGCGAGUGCGCGCAGAGCCCGGACGAGCCGUCGUGCUACAACUGCAACAAGACGGGGCACAUCGCGCGGAACUGCCCCGAGGGCGGGCGCGACAGCUCCAACCAGACCUGCUACAACUGCAACAAGGCCGGCCACAUAUCGCGCAACUGCCCCGACGGAACCAAGACCUGCUAUGUGUGCGGGAAGCCCGGACACAUCAGCCGCGAGUGCCCCGAGGCCGAGCGGAACUAACACGAGACCCGCACCCCCUAUACACAUUAUAAACAAAUUCAACUAUGUAUAUUAUGAUGCCACGCACGGACUGUAAGCAAAGGACGCGUUAAGCAUUAGAUCGUAAGGCCACAGACUGUACGAGAUGAAAUUAAUACAACGGAAUUAUAAGCAGCGGUACGCAGAGACUGAGGGUUUAAUGUUGACUUGUAUAUAGGUCUCCCGCGCGGUGUUCGCCGUAGGUUAAUGUUUGUUCUUGCACGUGAAGUUGUGUUUUUAAAUCAUUUAAUAAUCGUGAUUGAACUAUUGAUGAGGUAGCGUUACAGUUUUUAGCAUUACAGAGUAUAUAUUUAAUAUAUUUUGUACAGAUUUAUUUGUCAAAAGAUAAAUUGGUUGCUGGCGUAUGAUGACUUUUCAAUGUUGUGGAGACCCCGGAGAUGUGACCCUGUCGGGACUCCUGCUCGUUUUGUCGUUAAGCAGGAGGCGCCCUUUCCCUCAUAUCUUCGACUAUAACUAUCAGUUAAUCUUUGUUUUUUUAUAAUUCCUUUGUUUAUGAGGUCCUGCUGAUUUGUGGAGAAUUCAGUGGUUAAUUAAUUAGAAUUUCAUUAAUCA